AUGAAAGAAUUAAUACAUAAAAAUGUCCUACCUAAUACUUAUAUACCUUAUAAACAUACAGAUGCUUUGUCACGUUUGUUAAUGUCAGUUUCAAAAGAGUCAUUAUUUAAUAAAUGUAAAUUAUGGCUUAAAUUGAAAAAUACUCAACCUCCCACCCCCAAAGAUUCAUUAUAUACUCAACAAACAAUAAAUAAAAAGAUAUUAAAAGAUAUUGAAUCAUGUGAAUCAGAUCCAGCAUAUUCAAAACGAAAUUUAAUUACGAAAAUAUUGACAGAAUGGUGGUUUAAUGGUUUAAAUUUAUUACAAUUGGCUCAGAUAGAUUGUCAAUCAAUAAUUGAUCGUCCUCACUUAUUCAGUUGGAUAUAUUCAGUUAUAAAAGAUGUAGAUAAGAAUUUAGUUUCAAUUUCAUUAAAUCCAAAAGAAUUUCUAGAUAAUUUAAUUUCAAAAUUAUCAAAAGUUUAUUUUAAUUAUAUUUAUAUUUGUAAACAUCCAAAUUUACCAAUUAUAUUAAUACGUAUUCAAAUUUUUGAUUUAAAUUUAGCAUUGAUUAGAAAAACUUUAAAAGUUAAUACUGUAUCAACAAAACCAUAUAUUUUUGCAAUACCGUUAAAUUCACCAAAUAUAAUUCAUAGUUUAGGUAAUGAUUUAGUUCAUGAUAUAGUUAGGGAAUCAAUUGAAAGAAGCUUACCUCAGAAUUUAAAUAACUUAUUAAGGAUGGAAACUCCUGAAGGACAAACUCCAAUUGCAUCACUAGAAUCUAUUUUUUUAUUAAAAGGUGGUAAUUCAAGAUUUUCGAAUAGUUUGGGUAUUUGGACUCCUUAUGCUGAUGGAACUGUUGAUAUGUUACCAUUAGCAGCUGUUGAGAAACACAUAUUAAUGAAAAAGACAACUGAAGAAAAGAUCAAUACGAAAUAUAUGUCAAAGAAGAAAAUAAAAGAAUUGAAACUUAAAAGGUUGAAGAAAAUUGCAAAUUUGAGGUUUAAAGGUACGUUAAAUGGUAAAUUUCAAUCUGAAAAGUUAUAUGAAGAUAUAGUAGAACCAGAAAAGAAGAAAAGAAAACUGAUCAAAGCUGAAGAAGAGGAGGAUGAGAGUUAUCUUGAUGAUUUUAAAUCAAUUGCUCCUGUUCAAUAUUCUGAAUUUGAUUUACAAGAUAAAGUUAAUAUAAUGAGUGAUCAUGUAACACUGAUUAAAUUUAAAUUAUCUGGUACUGAUGUAUUUGCUGGAUUACAUGAAUUAUCAGUAUUAACAGAAGAUGAAUCAUUAAUGAUAUUAAAUCCAGAGGAGAUUCCUGAUUGGUUAACGGGUGAAGAAAAUUCUACACUGGGAAUUGUACGAAAUGGUAGAUUUAUUAACAAAUAA